AAUGAAUAACCGGUCUGUUUGUCAUCUGUCAAAAUUUUUAGUUUCUUAAAUCAUUCUCGAUUUUAUGUUACGGAAUUUUCUCCUACGUUUCUCUACUACAUUGUUUAGUUCUAUUUUAUAAAGUGAAGAUUUAUGUGUGAGAUGUGACGUAAUCCCAGUUUUUGAUGCCAAGCUAUAAAAAAUCUUCAAAAAAGAAUUGAUUCUUCAUAAAAGCGAUAAAGGUGGAUUCCUAUCGAUCAGAUGUCGACUGACAAAGAUCUCGAGAAACCAACUACUGAUCUAAACGCAUUAAAAAUUGAUGAAAACAAAGAAUCACCGACCGCAUCCCCUACGCCUGGAAGUAAUUCAUCCCUACUUACAUUCGAAUCAAACUUCAAGAACUUUGCGAAAUUCGGAGACCCAAAAUCGGACGGCAAACAGAUAACUUUAUCGAACAGCGACAAAUGGAUGAAACAAGCCAAGAUAAUCGAUGGAAAGAAGAUUACGACAACGGAUACUGGUAUUCAUUUUAAAAAACUUAAAUCGCAAAAAGUUGGAAUAGUUCAGUACAAACAAUUUCUUGAAGAUUUGGCUAAAGCUAAAAGUGUGGAGGUGGAUGAAAUCAAAAACAAGCUGGUUAGUUGUGGACCACCAGCAACUCCUGGUGCUUCAUCUACAACUGCCAAAGCAGCAGCGGCAGUUGAUCGACUAACAGACACAUCAAAAUACACUGGCACACAUAAGCAAAGAUUCGACGACACGGGCAAAGGCAAGGGCAUUGCCGGAAGGAAAGACAUGGUUGAUUCUUCUGGAUAUGUCAGCGGUUUUCAACAUAAAUAAAAUAUAUCACUGUCUUUCUAAUCACUAAAAUUUUUCGAAUCGUAUUCGGGAAAAAGUUAAGAUGGUAAAGAGUGUUUAAGCUGAUCUUUAAGGGAUGAUAGUUACUAUUUUUAUAGUCAGAUGGAAAUAUUUCAAUACAAAUUUGCAUUAUUUUAAAUCUUGGCAUGUUUUUAACGCAAGUAUAUCAUAAGAUAGUUGUAUUUUUUUAUUAUAACAGAAAGAUUAAAUUUAAGCUACUUUCUUACAUACCUAAUAUGGAGAAACAAGUGGACAACAAAAUCAUAAAGCCUGAAGAACCCAUUGUUGGAUCUCGAGCAGUGUAAAUCCAGUUUGCUGUGUCUCUUUUAAUGUCAUGUGUUUUGGAGCUCUACCUAUUCCUAUUAUAUGUUUAAUAUGUUUAUGUCACUAAUCAACUAUGAAUUGAGUCCAUCUAUCGAGAUGCAUCGUCGCUGAGUGUGAUCAAAUUGUUUCCAGUCCAAUUAAAAAAAAAUGGGCACGAUCAUUAUCACAAAUAUUCCAGUAACAAUUUUUGAAAUUUCUAACCCUUUUAAGUAGCAUGCCAUAGCUUUUAAUAUUUCCGCUACAAUCAGCGAGAUUAUUAAACGACAUAGGCAUUCUAAUUAUGUACAAAAAAGUAUGAACAUUACCCAGUGCUACAAUUAAAAAAAAUAUAGAUGACUGAGAAGUGAAAGGAGUUCUAAAGCUCGUUUGCCGCGUUCAUUCUCAAUCACAUAUCACGUACAGAUUUUUCACAAAUCGCCAUCUAACUUUUGUACGAAAAGACAGGUUUGCGAUAGGGCCUGUGCUUAAUAAAUAAAUGAAAAUAUUAAGAUGAAAGAAUUAAAAAAUAAUUGGUUAAAAGUUAAAAACUGGCUCUUUUUUCUUUCACUACAACCAUUACACAACUUAAUACCUUAAUUGCUAGUAAGUCAAAAGAAACUUCCUCUUGCUUGAGCUUCUAGAUGUAGAUUCCACUGGAUUACAGUCUCUCUUGGGGUUCCAGAGGUAGUGAGCCUUAAUAGUAGUAUUCCACCUACCUUGAUAACGUUGCUCCAUUAUGGAAUCCUGAUGGGACCUCUUCUCUGUUCUUCGCUGUAAUCUCCCAAAUUAUCGGGGAAAUAGUUCGGAUGUGAGUGAAGAAAAUGAAGUUUUACACUAAUAAGACAACCUAGGAUUUGAAAACUUCUUAACAAGCCAUUUACUUCUUCUUUGUAAUUGGGAUUUUUUAGUUUCCCAGAAAUCUCUUAACAACUAAUUUGAAGCUCCUCCAUGAUUUUUUCCCUUAGUAUCCAUGCAUUUUUCAAAGCCAGUGUCGAUCAUUCGUUAACGAAUUUGAAGACCCACAAAAAUUCCAACUUUUAUUUUCACAAAAGUUAUCUUAGAAAACUUCUUACCCAAAUACUCGAAAAAUGGUUUAUCUUGAUUCAACGCUUUCACAAAUUGGUUCGUUAAACCCAGAUUAAUAUGUAGAGGUGAAAACAUAAUAUGUUUGGGGCCUAAUAGUGGACUGUUUAUGACAUUAUUUGAGUCUGGUGACAACUGGGUUCUUGUUUUCCAAGAUUUCAGUGUAUAGUGACUGGAUCUAUUUCUGCUAUCUCAUUCACAAAAUUAACCUGUUGUUUUUCUCGUAUUUAAGAUUUCCCAAGAGAAUUUUCAUCUGUUAUAUAUUUCUUUUAAAUGAACUGACUGAGCUAUUACAUUGAAGCAUAUUUGUUUAUAUUAAGUAGAAGGACAGCUUUAAAACUAGUUUUUGAUGAAUCUAUAAAGGAUUGAGUAGGUAUAUAAUCAAUUCCAAAAUAUUCAAUCACUGAUUGAAUGUUAUUACAGAAAAUCAUUGCAUCUCUUUCUUAAAGUAAGGAGCCAAUUUUCGUUCACGAUAACGAUAUCCAGAAAAAGGGACUCUCGUCGCAAGGAGAUUUUUUAAUUUCAAUCUGGUUUCAAGAACUUUGCAGCAUCCUUUGGGAGAUUUAAAUCUCUAACUAAAUCAUUUAAUUCUUCUUGAAUAAAAAGUUUAGGUAAGCGAUCUAUAUCAGGUUCAUGCCUCAUCAGAUUAAUGUUCUCAUUGUCACUGCUUUUAUAGUCACAGUCAUCACUAACAUCUUUUAGAAUAGUACGCAGGUAUAUAAUCGCUAUAAGCUAUUGGUCUAAUAGCAGAAGGUAAGUUAGGAUAAACAAUAGACUUCUUGUUCUUAACUUAGCAGCCAGUAGUAAUACUAGUCAGACAAAAGUAGCAAUCAUCCACAUGAUUUGAUGGUUCUCUCCAGACCAUCGCUAUUCCAAAGGACAUAGCAUUCUUUUAUCUGUUAAUAAUAGUCGCAAUGUCUCGACAUAAGUUCGACAAACAGUAUGAGGGACCCGUGCCUUGUCUUGAUCACCAAGUUUUAUACCAAAAUAUGAAAAGUACACAUUUUCUACAAAUCUGGUAAUAUGUUGUCCAUAAUAAUUACAUCACCAGGUGAUAAAACUGUCGGUAACAUUUCUAAAUGUAAUGCCCAUUUAUGCAAUCUGUGCACCAAAAAAACUGUACGUGAUAGGAAAAAUCUUAACAAACUUGGAUUCAGCUCCAAAAAAUACUCUAGAGCAAUAUUUUUGUUCAUAGACAUCAAAAUCUUUGCACCAGUGUUAUCGUAUGGAUUCUUCAUGACAGAUGUAGGUAUUUACUUUAAAAACAUGUCGCUUAUUUUUGUAAGUCACUCUUAUUAGAGAUGCUUAAACACUUAAUUAUUUGCAUUUAUUUUUGUAAAAUAUAUUAUAAAAAAUAACAAUUAUAUUUAAAAAAAACUAUAGUGGUGUUAUUUCUCGAUUGGCUUAUUUGAGUUGUGAAAAACUUUUGACUGUUUCUUGCUGCGAAUGCUCCUACAUAAUUUUUAUAAAAGACAAGUAAAGAUAGUACCUAGGUAUAUAUUAUUAACAAUGGAUUUACACUGUUACUAUUUCAAACUACUCAUGUGCUAUACAUUUUUACAUGCAUCAAUCAAUUUGCAAGGUCCUUUUACAUUCCUAAUGAGAUUAUUUACAAAAAUACGUUUUAAAACAAAUACGUUUUUCAGUUAUAGCAAAAUGUUAACACUACUGUUUGUGAUAAUUAAAAGAAACAGUUAUUUUUUUAAUUUAUUUUGAUUCAACCACUUAGGGUUAUUAGCAUAAGAAAAAUACAAAAAGUAAUAAAGACAUACAUAGGCACAUAUGUAUGUUUUAAUUAUUGAUGUAUUGUGUUAAAUUUUAUUUAAAAACUUCAUAGAUUUUAAGAAUUCUAUCAAGUCAGCUAUGUAUUUAGAUUCUCCUAGAAGUUUGUUUAAUGUUUUUAGAAUGUGGUGAUAUAGUCUUUAAACUGAGUAUAUUGGACAAUUAAUCAAAAUGUGCUUCACUAUCACUUUACAUUCACAAACAAAACACGAUGGUUCUUCUUCUCUCUUCAACAAGUAUUCAUGUGUUGUAGAACUGUUUCCUAAUCAGAGACGUGUUAUUAAGUCUUGAUGAUGUCGCUUUGAAGACCAGAAGUUCCAUGUAAGGACGAAAGAUUUUAUUUCUAUCAAUUAAGUGGUGCUUCUAUUCCAUUGGAUUUGCCAAACAUCGUGCAAUUUUGCUUUUAAGUAAGGUUUUAAAUCUAAAGGCAGUUAGAUUUUCCACUGAUGCGGCUGUCCUGGUUAUUGCGGACCUAGCUAGACUAUCUGCCUUUUCUUUUUCAUCUAUUCCAACAUGUGACGCUACCCAGAGGAACCCUACUGACAAAUUGUUUUGGUAUAUACGGUAUAAAAUAACUUCUUCUGGUUCCUAUCCGUUUCGGAUGUUGGGAAAUCAUAUUGGCAAUCAUAACCUUGCUCGCUGCGGCUCGAAACAGCUCCGUUGAGGUUUUUUUAAACCAUGUUCUUAAAUUGCGCAUCCAUGAUAUUCUCCUUUUACCGGGUCCUCGCUUACCUUUGACUUUACCUUGCAAUAUAGACUGUAGCAGGGAGUAACGGUGCUGAUUUCUCAUAACGUGUCCCAGAUAUUGCAAUUUUAUGCGUUUGAUCGUAAACACAGUCUCUGGUUCCUUCUUCAUUUUUCCUAGAACUUCCUUGUUCGUGAUCCUUGCUGUCCAUGAUAUUCUCAGCAUUCUUCUAUAAAGCCACAUCUCAAAUGCUUCAAGUUUUUUAAUAGUCGUGUCUGUAAGCGUCAAAUAAAUGUAAGUAUAAAUAUUUUAAUCUGUUGUAAUGUUGGAUGAGAGGGAUAAAUCUGAGAAAUUGAUGUCAGACAACAAAGUGAAUAAGAUAUUAUAAGAGAUUCGGGAAGUUUGUUUUUUCUACAAUUAAGGUUAGGGCCCUAAUUAACGCAAAUAGUUCUGCGUAAAAAUACUUUUUUCUGGAGACAAUGGUAAUUUUUGAACUGUAUAAGCACAUGGACAACGUGAGUUUUAAAAAAAUUGGGUAUCACGUUAUUUUUGUCAUAGGUAUGCUUGCUGUUAGUUUAAGGUUACAAAGCGGAGAGGGAACAUUCCAAGGAAAACAUCAAUUUAUUUCACAGGUAGGACAAAUGGGAGGUAGUUCAAUAUUAAAAUCUAAGUAUCUAUUAGCUUGUUCAUAGAGAGGUACGGGACCCCUAUUUCUUUUUUAUUAGACUUCCUGGAACCUUUUAGAACAGCGUGAUGAAGAGCUGGAUUUUUUGGGUUAGAUUUUAUAUUCGAGACAUACGAUAGAGUUAAGUAUUUUCUUCUUAGGUUUAAGGGUGGCUCUCCAGCUUCACAGAGUAGACUGUCCACAAAACUGGUGCAAUAUGCUCCAAGAGCAAGUCUAACGGCUGAACUCUGAAGAGUAUCCAAAGUUUUGAGCAAUGCUUGGUUUGCGGAGUUAUACACAACACAUCCGUAGUCCAGUUUGGAUCUAAUUAAAGCUCUAUAUAAAUUUACUAGAGUUGGAAAAUCUGCUCCCCAAUUUUCCCUGAUUCCCCAAUGUGAUACAGAUUUCAUAAUGUUGCUUAAUAUACUUAGCGAGUGUAUAUGACUUGUCCAACUUAAUUUUGAGUCCAGUUGCAUCCCUAGGAAUUUUAUUUCUUUUGUAUAUUCUAUAGGAGAAUUGUAUAAAAAUAAAUUUGGAGCUUUUAUGGAUUUGAUUUUCGUGAAAAAUGUAUAGCUUUUGUUUUUGUGGUGGAAAACAGUUAUUUUAUGUCAAAUGAUACACGAAAUGGCUAAUAAUAGAUCAAGAUUCUUUUGAGUAAGUACCUAAAAACUAAUAUUUAUCAUCUAAAAUGGAUUUAUAAUCUUUCGAAACACUUUCUAUGAAGAGCAUUAGAUAUACUUUAUCAUGCAUAUGCACCAACUUUUUAAUCAAUCUCAUCAUCCCCCAAAAUGUUAUCUCUUACAUAUUAUCGAUAUUUUAUGGCACAAAAGAGUGAAUUUUCGACGAACUCUAACAAAAUUCGUCACCAAGCAAAUUAAAUUUAAAAAAAUCAGCUGAACGCAGUAAAUCUAGUCGUGUUGAAAAAUGCCAAUAAUUAAAAGUGGAACAGUGUUGGCAGACUCCAAAGCAGAAGAGUCAAAAAAUAAGGGAACGAAUACUUUAGAAGAAUUAUUCAAGUCACUAUACACGAGGCAAAAAGCUAUUAUAUGAGAAAUUAUUCUGAGAACGUAUACAUCAAAUCUUUACAUCGCUUUUAUCAUAACGUUUUUAAAUAUCUGUUGCCAUAUUUCAAAAUUUAUGUAGGAGUACUCUGACAGCAAAGUGCGUUAUUUCAAAAACAUUUUGCAAAAAGCCAUUUAAAAUAAGGUUCAAGUUUCAAAUUUCUGAGCACCACAUUAUAAUUUUUUAACAAAAAACUUUGCAAAAGUACCAACUCGUGCAAAUAUUUGAAUGUUUCGGAAAAGUUUCCUUCGAAAAAUUUUUGUUGAUUUUUUUUAAAUGUCUACCUGUCCGUACAAGACCUUUAAAUACUCUAACUAUAAGUUUUGUAUAUAUUUUUAUUUAUAUCUAUAUAUGGAAAUAUAAUGUUAUAUUAAAAUAUAAAUAUUUACUUAUUAGAACCUAAUAUUCAAAGGGAUCAGUGCAAUAAAAAUAUAAAUUUUU